AUCCGACGCCGAUCAAUCAAACUGCAAGUGGCCGGGUCAUCGUGACAGGUAAAUCGCCGUAGGACUGCUCACGAGUCCCCCGGUCGUAACCGAGCUCAUAGCGCUGUGGAGCCCCCGUGAUGUGGUGUGGCGUGUGUGUGGGGGGAGGAUAGGAUCGCUACCAGCCAGAUAAACACUCGGCAUUGGUUUGCAGAGCAGGAGUAACAUGGCGGCACAGUUAGCCAGCAGAAAUGUUGUUUCACUAUCGCGAAGGUCAGAGCUGCUUCGGAUAAGCGGAAUUUAACAGCGAGGACACGGCCAAAAGUGUUAAAUCACGCUGAUAUGCAUUGAGGAUGAGUGGAGUCGGCGAAAACUCAUCUGACCCUGGCAGGGCAGAGUCACGGAAACGCAAAGAAUGUUCUGCUGAACUUCUUGGACCCAGUCCCAAACGGAGCAACGAGAAGCGUAACCGCGAGCACGAGAACAAAUACAUCGAAGAGCUCGCCGAGCUGAUCUUCGCCAACUUCAACGACAUCGACAACUUCAAUGUCAAACCUGACAAAUGUGCAAUCCUGAAGGAAACUGUGAAACAAAUCAGGCAAAUAAAGGAGCAAGAAAAAGCUGCAGCAGCAAACGAGGAGGAGGUGCAGAAGGCUGACGUCUCAUCAACAGGCCAAAGUGUGAUCGACAAAGACGCCUUGGGACCAAUGAUGCUGGAGGCUCUGGAUGGCUUCUUCUUUGUGGUGAACAUGGAGGGUAACAUUGUGUUCGUGUCAGAGAACGUGACCCAGUACCUGCGCUACAACCAGGAGGAGCUGAUGAACACCAGUGUCUACAGCGUGCUGCAUGUCGGGGAUCAUGCUGAGUUCAUCAAGAACCUGCUGCCUAAAUCCCUCGUAAAUGGUGUCCCGUGGUCCAGCGAGGGUCCAAGAAGGAACAGUCACACUUUCAACUGCCGAAUGCUGGUCAAUCCACACGGCGAGAGCCAGGAAGAGCCGCACGAGCACGAGCCGCAGCAGCAGAAAUAUGAGACCAUGCAGUGUUUUGCCGUUUCGGAGCCCAAGUCCAUCAAGGAGGAAGGAGACGACUUUCAGUCGUGCCUGAUUUGUGUAGCUCGCAGAGUGCCAACGAAGGAAAGACCCAUGCUUCCCACGCACGAGAGCUUCACUACACGUCAGGACCUACAAGGUAAGAUAACAUCCCUAGAUACCAGUCUGCUACGAGCAUCCAUGAAGCCGGGCUGGGAAGAUCUUGUGAGGCGCUGCAUCCAAAGGUUCCACCUACAGAAUGAUGGAGAGAUGUCUUUUGCAAAGAGACACCAGCAGGAAGUGCUCCGACACGGCCAGGCGUUCAGCCCCAUCUAUCGGUUCUCCCUCUCUGACGGAACCAUCGUCUCAGCCCACACCAAGAGCAAACUGGUACGCUCGUCUGCCACCAACGAACCUCAGCUCUACAUGUCCCUGCACAUCCUACAGAGGGAGCAGACAGUAUGUGGAAUGGGUCAGGACAUGGGCCCUGGCAAUCAGGCCACAGGGAUGGCUCCCAAACCAAUGAACUCUUCCACUCCCUCCAUGACUCCUCCAACCCCAGGCAGCUUGCCAGGUUCAGGGCCUCAGGGCCAGGACACUACCAUCAGCAGCAACAGCACGCCUUUCUCCCCCCCAGGUCCUGCUGGUCCCAGAGAACCAACGGCUAUGGGGGGGCAUAUGCAGGUCUACCGCUUUGGCUGUCCUCAGCCACACAACCACAAUGGGAGCAUGCAACCACCACAGCAGGGCCCCAACUGGAGGAUGAAUAGCCCCUCUCGUGCCAGCCCAAGCCCAGCCGGAGGACCCCAUCCACCUCCGCAGAACUCUAUGCUAUCACCCAGGCACCGAGGGAGUCCUGGGGGUGCAAGCAGCCCUCGUGUAGCAGGGGGUCUGCAUUCACCCUCACCAGUGGGGAUGUGCAGUGGAGGGCCUGGAGGUGCAGGAAGUAGCACGGCUAGCACCCAUGCUAACAGCUAUACUAGCAGCUCUCUGUCAGCUCUGCAGGCCCUUAGUGAGUGCCAUGGUGUAGGACACGGGCAUGGACCCCCUCAUACACAUACACUAGGGUCUCCAGACCGGAAAAUGGGCUCCCCAGCUGGGGUCACACCAGGGUCAGCGGUAAACGCUCAUCUGAUGUCAAAACUUGGAGGAUCCACCAGUGCUAUUGGUGGUUCAGGAGACUCAUUUGGACCUCAUUCAGAGAUGAGUCAGGGACACACCCAGGCCCAAACAGAGGGGAACUUAGUGGAGCCCAAGGAGGAGAGGGAUGGACCCCUCGAGGGCCAUGAUGCUCACAGCCGUGGACAUGACAACAAGGGCCACACCAAGUUACUGCAACUGCUCACCACCAAGCCAGAACCCCUGGAGACGCCUCUUUCCCCUGGUGCAGGAGUUGAGGGCAAGGACCAGGCUGGGACAGGGGUCCGGGGUGGCAACACUCACGCCACGUCCCUUAAAGAAAAACAUAAAAUCCUCCACCAACUGCUUCAGAACAGUACAUCCCCCGUGGAUCUUGCUAAGCUCACCGCAGAGGCUACAGGCAAAGAGAUGGGCCAAGACCAACCCCAGGGUUCCGGUAGUGCUGCUUCUGCGGCAGACAUUACUCCUAAGCAGGAGCCAUUGAGCCCCAAGAAGAAGGACAAUGCCCUGCUACGCUACCUACUGGAUAAGGAUGACACUGUAAUGAAGGACAAGGUCCCUAAGCUAGAGCCUGGGGAAGUGAAAGUCGAAGGGGGCAAACACCCGCAGGUCAAGGCGGAGAAACAAGAUGCAGGAUACGACCGCGCUGAACAGUCAUCGGAGCUGGAUGACAUCCUGAAUGACCUGCAGAACGCUCAGCCACAGCUCUUCUGUGAGCCGCGGCCUGUUUCGUUGCCCAGUCCCAUGGACAAACAGAACAUCAUCAAUGACAUCCUGCAGAUGUCUGAGAGCAGUCCUGUCAUGGCUGCACAGCCGCAACACCGGGGCCUUGGGCCCGGCAUGGGACCCACUAACUUUGGCGGUGUUCGACCAGGCCAGCCAGGAAGGGGUUUGUCUGUUAGAAGUGUGUCUCUGGACGUGAAUAUGUCCCCCCAGCAGCCAUCAUUACAGUACCCCAUAAGGACCACAAGCCCAUACACUGUUAUGCAGCAGCAGCAACAGCAAGGCAUGGUGGGGAACCAUGGCAUGAUGGGUAACCAGGCUGCUAUGGUCAAUGCAGCACUGAUGGCUCCAAGUGGUCCACGGCCAGGCAUGCAGCAGCAGGAGGGCUGGGUAGGCCCAGCUUCUGCACCUCCUAUAGGAGCGCCGGGCCCUGGCCAUCAAAAUGCCAUACAGGGCAGGACGGGACCCAGUGGUACUCCCAUGAGGCCCAACAGCCAACCAGGGCCCCGACAGAUGAUGCAGUCUCCAAUUAUGCCUAAUGCCCAACCAGAUAUAGACAUUGGAAUGGUUGGUGACCAUUUCUCACAACAACAGGCUCCACCCAACCAGACGGCCCCCUGGCCAGACAGCAUGAUGCCAAUUGAUCAGACAGCUUUUGUAAACCAGAGCAGGGCUCCACCCCAGGAUGAUCUGCUGUGCAAUACAGGGCUCAGCUCAAGUGAUGGCAGCGCAGUGGACGAGGGGGCUCUGAUGUCUCAGCUGUACACCGCACUAAAAGACUUUGAUGGCCUGGAGGAGCUCGAUCGUGCUCUGGGGAUCCCUGCUAUGGUAGAACAGAGCCAAUCACUGGAGCCAGACCAGUUCCCCCAGGAGCCCUCGGUGAUGUUGGAUCAGAAGCCCCCCAUGUACGCCCAGCAGUUCGGUCCCCCAGCAUCACACAUGGCACCGAGAGGCUACCCUGGUGGCCCCAUGCAAGAGCCAGGUUUCCACCCGAUGCCUGGCCAGAUGGGUCCACGGCCAGGUUUCCAAAUGAUGCGAAUGCCGGCCCGGCCAGGACUCAGGCCUACUGGAGUCGUCCCCAACCAGCCCAACACACUACGACUGCAGCUCCAGCACCGGCUUCAGUCACAGCAGCAGAAUCGCCAACCAAUGAUGACUCAGAUGAGCGGUGUGUCAAAUGUGAACCUACCUCUUAGAACUAAUGCUCCAAACCAGGGAACCAUCAAUGCUCAGAUGUUGGCACAACGUCAGCGGGAACUGCUGAGUAAUCACCUGAGACAGAGGCAGCAGCAGCAGCAGGUGCAACAGGCCCAGCAGGUCCAGCAGCAAAGGAGCAUGGCCAUGAGGGCUCAGGGCCUCAACCUGCCUCCCAACAUGGCCGCCGGAGGCAUGAGUAACCCUCGGAAUCCCCAGGCCAACCCCCAGCAGCUCCCCUACCCGCCCAGCUACGGUACCAGUACAGGCCUGGCCUCGUCACCUCCCCCUACCAGCUCCUUCCCCUCUCCUCUCUCCCCCAGCCUGCCCUCUCUUACCCCCAACCUCCACCUGCAUGGCACUUCCUCCUCUUCCUCCACUCCCCCCUCCUCCUCACAGAUGAUGAUGGGAAACACAAACAUGAUGGGCGGACAGUACGGGGCCGUACUCAGCCCCCAAAUGCAGCACAGUGCCUUUCAGUUUCCCAACUCAGGUAUGAGCCAACAGGCAGAUGGAACAUUCGGAGGUCCCGGCACACCACAGAGCCCUCUGCUUUCACCCCGCAUGGCCCACACACAGUCCCCGAUGAUGCAGCAGGGCCAGCAGAGUGCUGCUUUCCAGGGUUCCCCUGACAUGAAUGGAUGGCCGCAGGGUAAUAUGGGAGUCAACAGUAUGUUCUCGCAGCAGCAGGCAUCGCCGCAGUUCAGCCAGCCGAAUAACAGCAACAUGUACAACGGCAAUGGCAUAAACCUCAACAACGCGUCACUGGCCUCCAACAUGGCAACCAGCAGCAUGGGCCAGAUGGCCGGACAAAUGAGUGUCACGUCCAUGGCCUCGGGUCCCUCACCUGGCUUGCCCUCCAUGGGGCAAGAACAGAAAUACUGUUGACCCCCAUGGAGCUACUCACCUGGACCUCAGUGAUCAACCUGGCUCAAGAAGCGCGUCGGCCCUUUAAUUAUUUAAAAAAGAAAAAGAGAGAGAGAAAGAAAGAAAGAAAACACGUAAUCAACCGACUGCCCCUUGAACCAGCCAGGCCGUGCCCUGACCCCCGGCCCCUCACCCCUCCCCAGCUCAAGUUUGCCGUCUGUCCAGCUGGAUCCCACUCAGACACUGGCUGGGGAAGGAUCGCGGAUAUCUGUCCCAACAAGCCUAAUCCUCCUGGAGGGAGAGCCUCGUGACGAGCCAGUCAAUCUGCCUGUCCACCUGCAUUCACCGUAGUGUGACUUACUGUAGGCCUCCUGGUGGGGUACACUGACUUAAGGGGGCGGCAGUGGGUGGAUUUUGUUCAGAUGAAUGUAUUCCUCUCAGUGGACAGCGGCCAUUUACAAUCUCAUCUCGAAAGAUCACAUACACUGAUUUCUUCUCUUCUCUACCCCCGGAGCCCCCUUUAUUCUCCACCCCCUCCCCCAACCUCUGGAUCGUUGGAGAAAUUUCCACAUAGUUCCGAAUGGCAGCAAAUACUCCCAAGUUAUGUUCACACUUAUGGAUGGAGCUCAGACACUUAGCCGAUUUUGCCUUUUUGCUGUUCUUUAUUUUAUUGUUUUUGUUAUUAUAAUUAUUAU